AUGAGUUUUAAGUUAGUGAUUUUUUUGUUUAUAUCAGUAUGUACUGGUACUUUUGGGAAGCAUCACAAAAUCGUCGGCGGCAAAGAUGCUCAAGUGAAGGAUUUCCCACACUCGGCGUCAAUUAGAGAAGCUGAUACAAAAAAUUACCACUGCGGUGGUUCAAUAAUUAGUAAUAAGCAUAUCCUUACAGCUGCUCAUUGUUUUUUCGAUUACGAUCCCACUGCAUUUAUAGUUUAUGUUGGAAAAAGUAAUUUCGACGUUAGAGUCCAAAGUCAUUACGCGAUCGAGAAUUGCUUAGUUCAUCCGCAAUUCACUGAAGAAGAAACCAGAGAAUCGAUGUUACUUUAUGACAUUGCCAUUGUUACGCUUGCAGUGCCAAUCGAAUUCACCCGAUAUCAAAAUAAAAUAAAGCUUGCGUACGGCAAUCCACCCGUAAAUGGUUUAGUCACUCUAACUGCUUGGGGAGCAGUUGCCACAGCCACAAGGACUCAUCCUAAACGAUUACAAAAAGCUUCUUUCAGAGUUCUCAGUAAUUACGAGUGUUCAUUAAGGGUCCAAUUCGUUGUUCGCAGCCAGCACCUGUGCAUAUUUUCGGAUGAUGCAGCCGGCGCAUGUUACGGAGACAGUGGAUCAGGAUUAAUCUUUAACGGAGAACUUGUAGCUGUUGCUUCUUUUGUUCAACCAUGUGCGGAAGGGAAACCCGACGUGUAUACUCGAGUCCAACCUUAUUUAAAUUUCAUUACAAAUCGCGUACAUUCUAACUGACUGAAUUAAAAAUAUUA